AUGGAGUUGAAUAGCAGUGUGAAUGAGUUCAUUCUGUUUGGGUUAACACAGAAUGUUCUAAAGGAGAAAGUCAUGUUUGUGGUCUUCUUGUUUCUAUACCUUGCAACUCUGAUAACAAAUUUACUGAUUGUGAUGACCAUAAGAUACAGCUGGACACUUGGGAGCCCCAUGUACUUCUUCCUUUUCCACUUAUCCUUUGCUGAUGCCUGUUUCUCAACAACCACUGCUCCUAGAUUGAUAGUAGAUUCUGUAUCUGAGAAGAAAGUCAUCUCCUACAAUGAGUGCAUGACCCAAAUUUUUGCAGUUCACUUGUUUGGGUGUUUGGAGGUCUCGGUGCUCAUCUUCCUGUCCUUUGAUCGCUAUGUGGCAAUUUGUAAGCCCCUGCGGUACACAGCUAUCAUGAACCAGCAUGUCUGUGGUACAAUGGUGAAUCUGGCAUGGGUGGUACCUUGUAUCCAUUCUUCUUCACAGAUUUUCUUGGCUUUGAAACUACCAUUCUGUGGACCCAAUGUUAUUGAUCAUUAUUUCUGUGAUAUGACACCUUUGCUGAAACUUGCAUGCAUGGACACUUAUAAAAUCAAUUUAUUCAUAGUUUUUAACAGCGGGGCUAUCUGCAUGGUAAGUUUCAUAGUCCUGCUUACCUCUUAUAUUUUCAUCUUACAUUCUCUGAAUAACAAGACUGCAGAAGGAAGAAAGAAAGCCCUCUCUACCUGUACAUCCCACAUUAUUGUUGUCAUCUUAUUCUUUGUCCCAUGUAUAUUCACAUAUACUCGUCCUGUAACUACAUUUCCAGUGGACAAGAUGGCUGUGUUUUACACCAUUGGGACACCCUUGCUUAACCCUCUGAUUUACACUCUGAGAAAUGCAGAAGUGAAAAAUGCCAUGAGGAAGUUAUGGUGCCACAAAUUCUGA